UCGAUCCGCUUCUUGGUCAUGGCCGCUCCGUCGUUCUUCCUCCUCGCCGUCGUUACCUGCGUCGGCCUCGCCGGCGCUGCAAGAAUCCAACGUGUUGUGCCGGAGUCCAGCAGUCGGGUAGACGGCCGCGGGCGUUCCCGCAAUAACAGGAACUGCUCCAGCUGGCAUUUUGUGGUCGAGACCAACGGUGCCGGUCACUGGGCGACGGUGCCGCAGAGGUGCGUCGGGUACGUCAAGCAGUACAUGACGGGGAAGAGUUACGAGUCUGACUCUGCUGCGGUGGCGUCCGAGGCAUUAGAGUUUGCCCGGAGCGUGAACAUGACCGGCGACGGUAAGGAUGCCUGGGUUUUCGACAUUGAUGAUACGCUCGUCUCCUGCCUGCCAUACUACGCAGAGCAUGGCUACGGAUCGGAGGUUUUUAAUGAGACGACCUUCGACGAGUGGGUGGACGAAGGGGUUGCACCGGCGCUGCCAGAGACCAAGAAGCUGUAUUAUGAACUCCACAGUUUGGGAUUUCAGAUCUUCCUGAUAACAGGACGCAGCGAGAGCCAGAGGAACCUCACGGCUUCCACUCUCCGGCGUGCUGGAUACAGCUCUUGGAAGAAACUCGUCCUCAGAGGAACGGAGGAUAAAGGGAAACUUGCCAUUAUAUAUAAAUCGAAGAAGAGGUUGGAGAUUGAGAAGGAAGGGUAUCGGAUCCAUGGGAGCGCUGGGGAUCAAUGGAGUGACCUCCUGGGCAAUGCUACUGCCACCAGAUCGUUCAAGCUCCCAAAUCCCAUGUACUUCAUUGCAUGAUCAGCUGCUCUAGUGUUGUCUUCUCCCUGCCUCAACAAGUCUACUAUUCUUCUUUCUGUUGCCCAGAAACCAGUGUGUCAACUGAGACGCUUCUUUGAUUUCUGUUCCAACAGUGUUAGUUAUUUUAUUAAAUAAUUAAGAGGAACAAUAGAACUUGA